AAAAACGUUGGAAGAGUGUCGUGAGCCAUGAAGUCCUUCUUAGUUCCCGUUCUUUUGGUCUCCUUGGUGGCAGGAAGUUCGGCCCUCAACUGCUACGUAUGUUCUGGACCGGAGUGUCGGGAUCCUCUGGAUACGACUGCAGCAGGGGUUGGAGAUACAUGUCCAGCAAGCAGCUUAGUACCUUACACACAUUGCAUCAAAACAACAUCCGGAAACAGUGUGGUGCGUGCAUGCACUGCACUCUGCGUUGAAGGCUGUGUGGGUGAUCUUUGUAAUUACUGCUGCACAGGCAACUUGUGUAAUGGAAGUACCGCCGUGUCGACUAGCUUCGUUGCUAUGGGCGUGGCUUUGCUGGGGGCCCUCAUCUUUUCCAGACAAUAGAAUGGAUCAGAGGCUCACGUGAUCAAGGUCAUCGGUUCAUCAGUUGAAUUUCAUCGAAAUAAUGUAAAAGGAGUGCAUUUGCAGUAAAUAGUGUUUGUGAAUUCAAUUCAUUUUUUUCCUUUUUUUCCUUUUUUUUCUCAAGCCGAUUAAAAAGGCUCUUUUUAAAAACAACAUACAUACAGUAUAAACAGUUCAAAGAUAUAAAUGUAACAAUGAAAAUGAAUGUAUUUAGAAUAUUUUAGCAAGUUGCCCCCCGGGGGUGGGGGCACUCAUGGCAAUAUGGGUAGCCUAUUUGCGACCCUUACCCCCCCCCCCCCUUUGAUGCCUCAUAUCAACAGUCCCCAGGCAUAUCAAACCUCUGAAUAUUAAUAUGCUGGUGAGGGCCUUUUUGUAAAUGAAAAUUAUAAUCAUGAAAUUUCAAUUACUAAAUUUCAUAGAUGUCGCAUUUUGAAUUUCAGUCGGUAUAUAACGCUUCACUCCAUUGGUCAAAUCAUGCACGUCCACGGAACACGACCUACUACGUAGUAUCCACCAAUCAGAUAACGCGUUAAAUGGGCAUUGUCGUAAAACAUGUUCAAGCAUGAAAUACUCCAAUCACGCUUCUCUUUGUGGGAUACCCCAUGGAAUCGAGUCAUCUUCAAAUAUUUUUUCCUACCUUAUACAAAGUUAUAUGCCCAGUGCAGACUUGUACUUUCUAGGAUCUGCUAAUUGAGAUUUAUUUUCCCCUUCUUCUGUACGUAUCGACAGACUUGCUAGAUCACGUUGAGACAUGUGUGAUAAAACCAUUCAUAUAAGCAAUAAUUCUUGAUAAGUAUUUUUGUGUAUAGUCUAUAGUUAAGUCAAUAAUGUCACCUGGUAUUUGAUAUCGUAGAGUUUGCCAAUUUUUGUACUUUUAAUGCAAUACCCUCGUUUUCUUAUAUUUUUCCCAUUUUGACGAGUCAUUUAAUUUUACGGGGUUUUUUUGUCACAUGGUUGUGGCGUAAUGUUAUGAAUCAUCCAACUUUGGCCGUAAUCUUGGUAUGUUAAAUACCACAUGCUUUUUCAAAUUACAUGCCAUGAUAUCAAUAAAACAUGUCAUAAAAGUGAUUUCCUUAUUCCUUUCCCUUUCCCGGGUUAUAGCAAUCGGUCUGGUUUGAGUGCUUAAAAUCAGUUAGGUCGCGUGAUUUUAAUUCCAUUCAUUUUUCAUUCUAAAUAUUAGAGAAACAGAUGCAUCUUGAUUGAUUUGUUGUUUAAACCUAUCGCAUGAGUACCAGAGCUGUUUUUGACUCGCCGUACGCCGGCAGGAGGGAAAAUGUGACCGAGGUAUAAAUCCUUAUGCUGACGAAUCAAGUACGAUUGAUUGUUUAAGAAAUGCAACCCCCCCCCCCCUGCACUCGAUGCAUUUGUUUUAGUUUAAUAUCUUUUUUAACAUGUUUAUUCAGAGAAUGUUCAUUGUACAUGAAUCCACGUAGCUGUCUUUCAACUCUUUUCUAUUAAACUUUUUCUAAACUA